GGAGGAAAAGUAGUCCAAAAGCGAGUGAAUAAUCUAAAAGAAUUGAUCGGAAAGUAUGAUAUAGUAAUCAAUUGUAUGGGCGUUGAGGCCAACAAAUUCGGUGACGAUAAGGGCGUGUAUCCAAUCCGGGGUCAGGUAUACCGAGUGAAUGCCCCGUGGAUUAAACACGGAGUGAUGGCCGGCGACCACUAUAUCCUUCUAAACAGUGAGACAGUGGUGUUGGGCGGCACCAAACAAAAGGGUGAUUGGAAUCGAGAUGUUUAUGUCAAAGACAGUGAAGAUAUAAUGGAUGGAUGCGCUCAACUGGUGCCGAGUGUCAGAACCGCUCCAAUCAUGAGCGAAUGGGUCGGUUUGAGACCCGGAAGAGAUUCAGUUAGGCUCGAGACAGAAGUGAUUAGCAAUUGGGGUAAGAAAUUGCAUGUCGUCCACAACUAUGGACACGGAGGGUCGGGCGUUACACUCUCGUUAAACAAUUGA